UUUCUAUCUAUUAGAAAAAAAAUUAUAUUUAGUUUCUUCAAAGGAUCUUGUUUCAACAGAGUCUGAUAAUAUACAACAAUUAAGAUGGCAUUAUUUGGAUCUUCAACAUCAGCUGCUGCUGGAACAGCAAGUACAACUGCUGGAGGGAAAUCUCAACAACUUAAACAAGAGAUUGAAAAUCAAAUUAGUCAAGAAUUAGCAGUUGCAAAUGCUACUGAAUUAGUUAGUAAAAUCACUGAAAAUUGCUUUGAAAAAUGUAUUACUCAACCAUCUAAUAUAUUGAAUGGUCAAGAAGAUCAAUGUAUAAAUCAAUGUUUAGAGAAAUAUAUGAGAUCAUGGAAUGUUAUAUCGAAAGCUUAUAUAACUAGAAUUCAACAACAAUCAGCUCAAGAUAAGUAGAAAAUGAUGUAUAUCUACUUUGAUCAAUUGAUUUCAUAUCUAAUUCAUGUGUUAUGAAUUGUAAUAGGAAUCGAAUUAGAUGAAUUGACUUGAAAUAGAUCAUUACCAUUAGCUUUUCCUAUAUCACUUUUUUGAUACCAUAGAAGUCUGUACAUAUACUCCACAUACCACGAUGCAUAACCUCUAAUGAUUAUACAGUCAUCCAUAGAUACAUCUACUCAACUAAUAACAAAUUACCUUCCUGAAUAUAGAGUUUUUUAUGAAGUUAUAUAGCCCUUAAUGACUUUACUUUAUUUAUUAAAUUUAGUAGUACCAAUUAUUAAUUAAAACUUGACUCAGUUGAGUUAUGUAGUUCUCUAUUUACUCUCUAUCUUGCAUACGUCAUAGUUCGG